CUAAAAAUAUCGUUGUUUUCGUUGUUGCUUUAUUCACUUUAUCUAAGUGUAAUGAUGUUCCGGAUCAUUUUGAAGAGAUGGCUGAGGAAUUGAGGAAAGUCUGCAUGGUUGAAAGUGGCGUCAGUCUCGAGAAUCUGGAUCUCGUAAUGAAAGGCCAGUUCCCCGAUGAUAGAGCCCUCAAGUGCUACUUCAAAUGCCAAUUCGAGACGUACCAUUUGUUUACUGAAGAUGACACUGUGGACAGUUCGACGGUCCUGAGUUUCUUUCCGUCUGAUCUACAAGAUAGAUACAAGCAUAUCUUCGAAAACUGUUUUGACAUAAAAGGCGCAGAUCGUUGCGAGACUGCAUUCAUGACGCAUUUGUGUUACCAUAACGCCGAUCCCGAACUUUAUUUCAUCAUGUAAAUAAUGUGAUUGAUGAAAUAUGUAAAAUUCAUGAAGAAUAAAAUGAUAUUAAUU